AGAGGAUUAAUUUCUUACCAUUUUUUAAAGCUUUCCUUCCCAUAAGUACCCUCCGCAUUCCUCACUCUCCCUCCCCUCUUUUUAUUUAAUUUUUAUUUUUUGUGGUUUUUUUCUUAAAUUGGGCUGUCCACUGAUCGGCGGAACACCACCACCGUUAGAUCAGCUGACUACAUUUCAGAGACCUGCCUUUUCAGAUGACUCGCUCCAAUUUACCGAUCAAUCAACAGUGACAAAGUCCAAUAAAACCGAUGGAAAACCCCCCUUCUCCUUUUCUAAUCUAAAAUCCUUCCUCUCUUCAGAUCCUUUUUUUUUUUUUAAUUUUCUUUCUUAGAGGGCAAUUAUUCCAUGCAUGCCGUUCAACUGAGGCCUCAAAAUCACCUCCGUCGAAUUCCUAAUCCCUAGCUCGAUUAGUCAGCCUAAUCCUUGUUAGGUUUUUAUUUUUUUUGGGGUUCACAAUGUUGAAGAAAAUUAUGAAAGGAGGGCAUCGGAAGCCUUCCAAAUCGGAUGCAACGGAUGCAUCUUUAUACGGGUUCGGUCCGCCAGGUUCCCGCAAUCCCGCGUCGGGUCCAACCCCCAAUGUGGUCGUCAACCACGCAUCCAGGGCCGGACCUAACACACCAGGCCCAAAUUCCGGCGUCCCUAUGGUCCCACCCCCGAUGGGCACUGUCGAACCCUUGCCGUUAUUCCGAGACGUCCCCGUUUCGGAGAGACAAAAUCUAUUCAUGCGAAAAUUACAGAUUUGUUGCUUCCAAUUCGAUUUCUCCAAUACCUUAAAGUCGGUACGAGAAAAAGAAAUCAAACGGCAAAUGUUGCUGGAACUCGUCGAUUUUAUUCAAUCCGGUUCGGGAAAAAUCACGGAGAUGUGUCAGGAAGAGAUGAUUAAAAUGGUCGGAAUCAACAUUUUCCGGUGCCUCCCUCCGGCAUCUCACGAAAACACGGGACAAGAAGCCACUGAUCCUGAAGAAGAGGAACCCUAUUUGGAACCCUCGUGGCCGCAUUUACAGCUUGUUUACGAGCUUCUUUUGAGAUAUGUCGUGUCUUCGGAUACAGACACUAAGGUUGCGAAGAGAUACAUUGAUCAUUCGUUUGUUUUGAAGUUGCUUGAUUUGUUUGAUUCGGAGGAUCCCAGGGAAAGAGAGUAUUUGAAAACAAUUCUUCAUAGGAUUUAUGGUAAAUUCAUGGUGCAUCGUCCGUUUAUUAGGAAGGCGAUAAAUAAUAUUUUCUAUAGGUUUAUAUAUGAAACGGAGAGGCAUAGCGGGAUCGGCGAGCUUUUGGAGAUUCUAGGAAGUAUUAUUAAUGGUUUCGCCUUGCCUAUGAAAGAGGAACAUAAGUUGUUCCUUGUGAGAGCGUUGAUUCCUUUGCAUAAGCCGAAACCCGUUUCUAUGUAUCACCAGCAGUUGUCUUAUUGUAUAAUUCAGUUUGUUGAGAAGGAUUAUAAGCUGGCUGAUACGGUUAUUAGAGGGUUGUUGAAGUAUUGGCCUUUGACUAAUUGUCAGAAGGAAGUUCUAUUCCUUGGAGAACUUGAGGAAGUACUUGAAGCAACGCAGUCUUCUGAGUUCCAACGAUGUAUGGUACCUCUUUUCAGACAGAUCUCACGUUGCCUCAAUAGCCCUCAUUUUCAGGUUGCAGAAAGAGCCCUCUUCUUGUGGAAUAAUGAGCACAUUGUGAGCUUAAUUGCCCAGAAUCGGCAGGUGGUAUUACCAAUUAUCUUUGAGGCAUUGGAGAGGAAUAUCCAAAGUCAUUGGAAUCAGGCUGUUCAUGGGUUGACUGUAAAUGUGCAGAAGAUGUUCUUGGAAAUGGAUGCUGAGUUGUUUGAGGAGUGUCAGAGACAGUUUGCAGAGAAAGAGGCCAGAGCCAAAGAUGUGGAAGAGCAACGAGAAAUGACAUGGAAAAAACUGGCAGAUGUGGCAGCAGAGAGAGGGGGAGACGAUAUGGUUACAGUCUAAACUCAUUUAUCUGAGUUGGUUUAUCCUUCAUAAGAAAUAGUUGGAUCCGGGUUGAUGGCUUUGCUACUGUUCCCUUCUCCAUUCUGGUGGUAUUCUUUUUUCUUUUCCCCCUAAUUUUCUUCUUUCUUUUCAAAAUUUUAUUUUUGGUCUCAAUCUGGUCCUCCAAGUUACCCGUGAAAGAGCAGUCAUUAAAUAUAAUUUAAAAUGUAUGGAAUUUGUUAGUAACAUGCUGCGGAUUAACAAUGAUCAGCGAGGAACGACUUGUAUUUUUUUUUUGUCACGCUAUUUGUUCUUCCAACACAAAAAUUAUCAGAUUUUUUAGUUUGUAUUUGAUAGCGCUACUUUGAAAUUAUUCAAAUUAAGGCAGCUGGAGAUCAACAUGCCUUUGGUUUGGUUGGGUUUCUUGUUACUAAAAACUGAUCGACAGGGCAUUGCCAUUGCAAGUGUAUAACUGUUAGAUAUGUGUGUUUGACAUCGCAAUGUUAGGCUUUGGGAGAUAGGUUGGAUAGAAAUUGAGACAUUGUUCUUGACUUGUUAUGUGAUGAGAUUAGCUCAGUUUCUUCUGUUUCUGAAAAUAAGUUUCAGAAAGCUGUCAAGCCGACAAGGUAUGCAAUCGAAACCGAUUAUGGAACUGAAAAUUUCAAAUGAUUUUUGAACAUGUUCCACACUCUGUUAUGUCAUCUUCUAGAUUGUCUUUUUUCUAUUUUCCUUCCCCUUUAAAUCCAUAUAUACUAAUUUCAAAUUGUCAAUUUUAAUUGUAAAAUCAAAU